UGCUUCAUUUACAAUGUUAUAUCUUUUGGUAUUACAGAUUCAAAUUCCAGGCAGGUCCACUUCAGUCAGAAGUUUGAGUCAAAUUCAUCUGAGGUGAAUGGUGGAGAUGACAAGUAUCCAAAAGCUUCAUCUCCUUUGAAACAAGGAAAGACACAAUCUCAAUCUCCUGCUGAACAAAAACUGACAGAACACUUACCAUGUGUAAAUCCAACUCCCCCUCCUCCCUUCUCUGAGGUGCAUUUGCCUCCUACAGUGCCUUCUAUUCCAGCCAUUGUGCCAGCUUGGCAAAAUGAGCCAACUUAUCGACCAACAGGUAUUCCAACCCAAAUACCUGUUUCUUCAUUGAUGCCGGCCCUGACAACUGGACCUGAUUCUGUUGUAUCCCAGGCAACAUCUGCUCCAGUUGCCGGAGUUCCUGUGUCAAUACAAGCAGUUAACCAGCCUUUGAUGCCUUUGCCUCAGACACUGAAUCCUUAUCAGGACCCAUUGUUCCCUGGAUUCCCUUUUAAUGAAAAGGGGGAGAGAGCCAUUGCACCACCUUAUUCCCUGUGUAAUACUGGGGAUGAUCUGCCUAAAGAUAAAAGUAUUCUUCGAUUUUUCUUUAAUCUUGGUGUGAAGGCAUACAGCUGUCCCAUGUGGGCACCACACUCUUAUUUGUACCCUCUGCAUCAGGCCUAUCUAGCUUCUUGUAGAAUGUACCCAAAAGUUUCUGUUCCUGUAUAUCCUCACAACCCUUGGUUCCAAGAGGCACCACCAACUCAGAAUGAAAAUGAAACUGCACAAACAAACAGACACUUUUCUAUGCAGAAUGAGGCCAGAUCUGAUGAUCAGAGUCUGCAAGUUGACACUAGGUCUCCAUCAUUGCCUCUGAUUAUAUCUACAGCUCAGGUGUCAGAAAGUCAAGGACAGGUCUGUGUAGAAUCUGAGAACCCAGUGCAAGCUCUUCAGUCCGAUCAAGAUGAGUCAGUGAGAGGAAAAAACAUGUUCCUGCAUCCACCAUUUGGACACAAUCAAUUUUUAGGAGCUGUUCCAAUAGCACCUCCAUUUUUCCCUCACUUUUGGUAUGGGUACCCAUUUCAGGGUUUUAUGGAAAAUUCAGUAGUGAGACCUAAUGUUAUGUCACCUGAGGACAAAGGGGCAGCUGUUAGCCCCUCAGCAAAUAUAUAUCUGGCUAAAGAAUGCAGUUCUCCAGUUCCAGUAGCAAGCUGUGUGGAGCAUCUUCAGAAGGUAGAGAGUGAAAGUAACUCCAGUGCCAUACCUCCCCCUAUGGCUAGUUUGAGCAGCGAAUGUGAUGUACUGAAUGAAACCUCAACCAGGAUGCCUAAGACGGAGCAAAUAUGUAUUGCUGUUUCUCCUGCUAAACAAGCGAAGGCUGCACUACAAAAUCGUUCAACACAGAUGCAGGGGAUCGAGAGGCAGACAGUGGUGUCACAUGCUUCACCAUCAGUAACAGAGCCACCAAAAAAUGAAAUGAAAAGUAAUAUUCCCGCUCAUAAGGAAAAGCCAGAGAAAGCCAGAGAUUCCAAGGCUACUGAUAAUUUACAGGCCAACUUGGUAGAAAGCAGGGCACAAAGAACAAGGGAAGAGAGCUCUGAAGAUGAAAAUGAGGUGUCUGAUAUGCUGAGAAGUGGUAGAUCCAAGCAAUUUUAUAAUCAGACUUAUGGCGGCGGCAGAAGGCCAAGAAAUGAAUGGGGCUACCCGUCUAGUAGGGGAGGAUACCAGUACUCAAGAAAUGAAGAUGCCUGGAAAGGACCACCCAACAGAAGCAGAGAUGAAGGUUACCAAUAUCACCGAAAUUUUAGAGGGAGGCCAUAUAGAAAUGAUAGAAGGAGGGCAAUCAUGGGAGAUAAUCAGAGGGGGCAUCUAGCAUAAGCAUGUCUUACUAGAAAGUUUCAAAUGCCAAUACAAAUUUCAAGGAGAAACUUCUAAAAUCUUCCCAGUUUUUUGUUUUGUUUUAAGAUAGGGUACACUUGUAACCUCAAAGUAAGGCCUAGGGGGAAACAAACUCCUAGUCCUAGCAUUAAGUUUCUUGGCAAUUAAAUAUGAAGUUUCGGUUUAGGAAUUUUUUCAAAUUCUGGAAGUAGAAAAUAAAAUUAUUGUUUGUUUUAAAGUAUAAAAACAAUACAGUUUAAUGUUGAACUUUUUCCUUAGAGGUUUCAGUUUGUGAUACAAUAAAAUGAUAAAUAUUAACAUGUUUACUGGAAUGACACAAAUAUAGUGUUUGACAUGAUCUAGGUUCUAAAAUUGAUGUAGUGUUGCACCAAAUAUAAAUGUAUAUUUUAUCAUACAAUGCCUUAGUUCUAAACUGAGCUAAAGGAAUUCUCAGCCUACCGCACUGUUGUUUUUGAUAUGCUUCCAACCCAAAGGCCUUUCAUCUCAAAAUCUGUCAAACUUGAAUGUUUCUCUUUAGUGUGUUACAUCUAUGGCAGUUAGCUAACUGUGUCUUAGAUAUGCUGUAUAUAAUUCUUUUAAUAUUCAUAGGGUAUAUUUUUGAAUUUUAAAAAGCAUUUGUUGAAAUCAAAAUUGAGACAAGCAGUCAAGAAUAGCUGUGUGUGAAUUGAUAGGAAAUUCAGUGGAAUGGCUGUUUCCACCAAGAAUUCUUAACACUGGUGUGACUAUAAUGGUGCCUAUGCCAAUUAAAUAUUUACAAAGACAAUAAAAAAUGUAGAUGCUAUGCAUUUCCAAAAUAUUCUGCAUCUGUUAUAAUAGCAGAAAUUUUUUAAUGCCACUUUAACACUAAUGCACUGACAAAUCCUAAAUAUUUUGUGAGCAGAGAUGCAUAAAAUACAUGUUACGUUUUUUUUUUUUAAGUUUGUAUGAUGAGCUACUGUUGAGCUUUUUUGUUGUUGCACUGUUGAUGCAAAUUGGUUAUGCUUUGCAUGUACAACUCAUUGCUGGAACUACUUUUUAAAAACAAGAUAGAUGUGGUUUUCAAAAUAUAUUCUCCAGAAUUCAGAAGAAAGCGGCUUCUGCCUUAUAUUUUUACACAGUCAGAGUUCUGAUUGCUGUUUCUUCUGACUCUUAGAUGAUCUCUGCAGUGUUCCUGAUUAUUGCCUUUGCAGUUGGGAUAUUCAGCUAUCCAAACUCAGAGAGAGUGCAGUGUGCACAUUGUUCACUCAGCUCUGUUGCUUUGUAAAAUUAACUGUUGUGUAUAUUUUUAUAUCUCUGUAUAUACCAGUGUAAAAGGUGAUGGUGCCCUUUUAUUCAUGUCUAUGAGAUUGUAUACCUUUGAUCAGGAAACGUGAGUGAUACUGUUAUACACGUGACGAAGCAAUUCUUUUAAGAUGCAUGCCAUGUAUAAAACACCUAAUUAAAAAUAAA